AUGGCCAUGACCAACAGCACAUCAAAUUCACCCUGCAGCCUCAUUGAUUCUGCCAUGCUCACAGAUUCACAAUCUUUUUCUAUUUCUUGGAUUCUUGUCGAUGUAGCCGUGUCAACAGAGGACACCCUACCCACUGAAGUCUCUGGAGGCUCCUGCCUCAGUGAAGAAUGGAAGAACCUUGAUGGGAUACCUUGUAUUAUGGGUGGGAUGAGGGCACUUACUGCAUCACUUGGUGGGAUGCUCCAUGGGCGCACAAGUGCUGACUUCCCUUGGAAAACUCUCCCAAAGGAACUAGCUCGCCUCGGGUAUGUCCUCACCAAUUACCCUGAUGAUACCUUGAUACCUGGUGAGCUGCGCCCCUCUCUCUCUCGCACCAAAGGCAUCCAUGAUCUGAGCCACCACCAUUGUGUCAAUCUCGUCAACCACCUCAAGGCAGGCACCCUCACCAUUCGAGCAGUGAAGAGCGAUGCUGCUUGUACACAUCUCACUAUCUCAAAGGACCCUGUUAUAAUCGGAGAAGCCCCCUCAGCUUGCUCUUUGCACUCCAUGGGCGGCGUGCAUUUGCUGAUGGUCGAAUCGACAGAAAGGGUCUUCCUCAUCUUAGUUUACCUUCUUCUUUACCUUCUUCUCAUCGUCACACCCAAGUUAUUGUGGAAAUCACAUGACCACCUCCUCGUCAAGCUUCUCGAGCAGUUCCAAAACCAUCUGCUGUGCAUAUCAGGGAGACCAUCCAGUUCUGAGGACAAUGACAUGACUGGCAGUGCAAAUGAUGAGGAUGAGUCAGAGUUGCAAUCUAGUGACAUCAUGAAGCCAUUUGAUACCAAGCCCCCUUUGGAGCCUCUGGAGCCUCCAGAGUAUGAGGUGUUGUGCCCUCCUUUUUUUUACCCACCUUUUGGAUCUGCAAUUCCAGGCAUGAAGCUUAAUCUAUUGGACUACUAUUCUGACCCUACCAAUGACCAGGCAUCCUCGCCUCCCACGUACCUUCCUGCAUUAUCACCUGCUGCUAUGGAUUCCAAAUACAUGCAGGGAGGAUAUGCACAGGAACAGUUCGGAGGUGGUCAAUACAAGGAUCCACCAACAGAACUCACUCCAUCAAGACUACAGAGCAAAAUCAAGCCCACAUCACACAACGUUGUUGCAGGCCCAAGCUCUCAGGGAGUGUCAGCAAACUCUUUGCCACCUCAAGGAGCUGUUCCAAUGACACAUAUCAUCCCACCAACUCCCCUCAAGCCUUUCGAGCUUUUGGCUCCGCCUUCUGCUGAGACAAACUCUGCACUCAAAGAAGGGUGCGCUGCUUUGGAUGCCACUGUCAAUGAUACUGCAAAGAAUACGAAUAUGCUGUCCUACCAGGUAAUCAACCUGUGGAUGAAGAGUCAAGGUCAAGUGAUCAAUAGCACCAACUACUGGAAUCUUUACACAGGGUACUUCAAGGACUGGAUGCACCAGGAACUUGUAAGGCUUGGUGAUGGCACUCCUCCUCAGGAUGGUUCAAUGACACCAAGCACUGGUGUUCACUGUCAGUGCUAUGAGCUCUUCAAGAAAAGCUACCCAGACACUUAUCAGGACAUCCUUGAUACCUACAGAGAACUCAACAUGCUGACAGAUAAUCAAACCAUUCUUGAUGGAGCUGCUACUAGGCAAGGGUUCGAGGCCACCAUCAUCAUGUGUGGUAACAUUGUCAAUGAAGAUGCAUCACUAGGCCAUGUUCACACGAUGCCUGACGCUGGCGGUUUUUUCGAAAAGUGCUGCUGA